UGUGCAAUUUCGUAAAAAGGCGCUCCACUUCUUCUCCACUACGAAAACGGAGACUGAUCAGAGAGCUUCAUCGACGGCACGGCGGUCUCCGAUACCACUCCUCGAUAUCCGAUUAUACAGCUAGGUUCACGAUUAUUGGAUUCUACGUUUCGUUUGCGUCACGUUUGAGAUCUCAUGAUCCCUUACCCGUUUUGUUCGUUAGUGCUCCUUAAACCUUGAUGCAACGGUCUAAUGCUCGUUCCAGGUUGAAAUUCGAAUCAGAUAUGACAGAUCCUCCCAGUGUUGAGACUUCACCUGGCCACCACCACCGAUCAUCGCCGUCGACACUCGCUAAACCCAAGUCAAAACGAACCAAAUCGAUUAUUAUGUUAAUCGUUGCUUCCGUCGUUAUCGCGUUGGUGUUGAUGUUUGUUUGCUAUUCAAUUGUACGCUCUCGAAGGAAUCGAAGAGCUUCGCUGCGUUACAGCGUCGUUAUCGACGGCGGGAGUUCUGGGACCCGAGUUCAUGUGUUCGGGUACCGGGUUGAAUCCGGGAAACCGGUGUUUGAUUUCGGAGAGGAGAACUACGCCAGUUUGAAGUUGAGUCCCGGUUUGUCUGCGUACGGUGAUAAUCCGGAGGGAGUGAGUGAGUCAGUGGCGGAGCUUGUGGAAUUUGCUAAAGGGAGAGUUCCGAAGAGAGUGUUGAAGGAGAGUGACAUUAGGUUAAUGGCUACUGCUGGAAUGAGGUUGCUUGAAUCGUCUGUUCAGGAACAGAUUCUUCGAGUUACUAGAAGAGUUCUUAGUUCUUCUGGGUUUAUUUUUAAAGAGGAAUGGGCUUCUGUUAUCUCUGGAUCUGAUGAAGGUGUAUAUGCUUGGGUUGUUGCAAAUCAUGCGCUUGGUUCCCUUGGAGGAGAGCCUUUAAAAACAACGGGAAUUGUUGAACUCGGUGGGGCUUCUGUCCAGGUAACAUUUGUGUCAAGUGAGAUUGUGCCUCUGGAGUUUUCGCGUAAGUUAGCCUAUCAAAAUGUCUCAUACAAUCUAUACAGUCACAGCUUCCUCCACUUUGGGCAGGAUUCAGCACAAGAAAAGUUAUUGGAAUCACUACACAAGUCAUCUGCGAACUCUACAGGGCAAGGAAUAGUUACUGACCCUUGUGUUCCUAGAGGAUACAUCUUUGGCAAAAUUUCACAGAAAGAUUCACUUCAAGCUGCUGGUAAUUUCUCAAAAUGUCGAUCCGCUACACUGGCAAUGUUGCAGCAAGGAAAAGAGAAAUGUCCUUAUAAGCAUUGUUCUAUUGGAUCAAUAUUCACACCUAAACUCCAAGGACGUUUUUUGGCUACAGAGAAUUUUUUCCACACCUCGAAGUUCUUUGGGUUGGGAGAAAAGAACUGGCUGUCUGAAAUGAUAUCAGCCGGUAAGAGAUUCUGUGGAGAAGAAUGGUCGAAACUGAAAAUGAAAUAUCCAACUUUUAAGGACGAGAAUUUGCUUCGGUAUUGUUUCUCAUCAGCAUAUAUUGUCUCAAUGCUUCACGAUAGUCUUGGUGUUGCUCUCCAUGAUGAAAGAAUUGGGUUUGCUGGGAAAGCUGGACAGGACAUACCACUAGAUUGGGCAUUGGGUGCUUUUAUCCUAAAUACUGCUACAUCCACUUUUGAUUACAAUGGUAAAUCUAGAAAAAUUCUUGACUCGAGUAAAUUAGCCAAAUACAGAAACGAUAUCAGUUAAUAUUGUAGUUUCUAUAUUGAAAGAAAAAAAAAACAUUGUUUCACAAAAACAAGUAAAUUAUUAUCAUCA